AUGGCCAAGAUCAUUACAGUCAUCGGAGCCACCGGUGCUCAGGGAAAGGGUGUCGUCGACGCGUUCCUCAACAACCCGGCCUACACGGUCCGUGCCAUCACCCGGAACCCCUCCAGCCAGGCCGCCAAGGGGCUCGCCGCUCACGGCGCUGAGGUUGUCUCCGCCGACCUCAACGACCUCGAGAGACUCAAGGCCGCCUUCGCCGGCUCCCACAUAAUCUUCGGCGUGACCAACUUCUUUGAGCCCUUUGCCGCCCACCAGUCGCCGACCAAGGCCAUGGAAAUUGAAGAACAGCAGGGCAUCAACAUGGCCAAGGCGGCCGCCGCGACCCCUACCCUCGAGCACUACAUCUGGAGCACCCUGCCCAACAUCAAGGCCAUCUCGGGCGGCAAGUACCUGGUCCCGCACUUCGAAGGCAAGAACCGCAUCGACGCCUACAUCCGCGAGAAGGAGCCCGCUCUGCUCGCCAAAACCACCUUCUUAUGGGUCGCCUUCUACGCGACCAACCUCGUCUUCCCCAUGUUCACGCCCUACUACAUUCCAACGGCGGACAAGUACCUCCAGUUCGGCAGCUACGCCCCAGAGACGCCCAUCAUUACCAUCGGCGACGUGACGGCCAACAUCGGACUUUUCGCCAAGGCCGUAGUCGAACAGCGCGACAAGACGGCCAACGGCAAUAUUGUGCUGGCCGCGACGGAGACCCGCCAGGCCGGCGAGCUGCUGCAUGCGUGGGCCCAGGCUCAGGGCAAGAAGGCGCAGUUUGUGCGUGUGAGCGGCGAGGCGUUCAGGGAGAUUUGGCCAGUCUGGGCCGAGGAGAUGGCCGGCAUGAUGGAGUUCUGGGACGACCUGGAGUUCCGCGAGAAGAGCUGGACGGAGCCCAGUGGGCAGAAGGUGCUUACCAAGGAGGAUCUGGGCGUCACUGGGUUCAAGGCCCUGGAGGAGACGUACAAGGCUCUAAAGCUCUGA